AUGAAGGGCCAGGAGCACUACAUCAGGCUCUGUGACCUACGGCAGCAGGAGGGCGACGGGCCGGCUGAGGAGAUCUUUAAGGCCAAGCAGAAACUCCAGGAUGAGCUACCGGCGGACAGCGACGAGGCUCCCUUUAUCCUGAAGCAUCCUGAUCUGCCCGGAUGCAAGGAAUGGACCUUGAUCCGGACCUUCAAAGAAGCGACCCUGACGCGGAAAGACACGAGUACGAAGACGACGACCCUGCAGACGGACGCCGUGAACCUGGAUGGGGCGUCCACCCGACCAGUGCUGACCGCCAUGGCACAUGGCCUCGAGAUUGCAGUGCCGGGCGGCUCAAAUGGUGCUGCGAGCAGUGCUGCAGGCAUCACACGCCGGCCAUCGUCGAUGGCCUUGCCCGUGGCUCUUGGAGAUCAGGAGGCAGGCUCGGCUUUGACAGCCCUCCCGGACCCCAUGGACAAGAAAAAGAAGGCGGCCCUCACCAACCAAGCCAGGAACAAGAUUGCCCUGGCUUCCACGAAGCUAAACGAGGCGACGGUGCUGCAGGAAGAGAUCUCCCAGAACGAGAGUAUGUCGCAGCCCAUCCGCGACGGUUUUCUCAAGGAUCUGCAGAACCACGGCAGAAGCCUUCGAGAGGCCAGGGACAAGCUCAGCGCUGAGGUGGACACGGGCUUGGGUCAGACUAUUCAGGAGCUCUUGGAUGAUGUCAAUCAAAAGAUUACCAAUUAUGUGCAAUCGACGAAUGGGAUGAAGAAGAUGUCGGCCACCAGGCUGCAGCUGUGA